AUGGGAGCUAAUGGGUCUUCUCAAUUGGAAAAAGAGAUUACUGGCGAAUCAUUUAUUGGAAAUGAACAUUAUUAUGGCUUAGUUAAUGUGAGUUUUUUUUUUGAUAUUUCAGGGGAGGGGGCUGGUUUUGGAAAAAAAAACUGUAAGGCACUGUAAUGAUGCCGCAAAAAUUAGCAAUGUUGAAAAUGAGCUAUGACGUGGCAAAAUUUGAAAUUUCUAGAGGUUUUUGAAGCCAGAAUUUCGACUUCUUAAAAUUAUUUUAAAAAUGUAUUGUUCGUGGGUUAAUUCGAAAUUCUAGCUUCAAAGCCUCUAGAAAAUUCACAUUUUGCCACGUCAUACCUCAUUUUCAGCGUUCUUUGUCCUCCCUCUUUUUUUUCAAAAAAAAUCUCCCAAAUCAACAUUUUUUUCAGUUUGGCAACACAUGUUAUUGCAAUUCUGUUAUUCAAGCACUAUAUUUCUGUAGACCAUUUAGAGAGAAAAUCCUACAAUAUAAGCAACAGUUGAAAAAAUCUGGUGCGGCUAAAGAAAAUCUGGUAACUUGUCUCGCUGAUCUCUUUCAUAAUAUUGCUACGCAAAAACGACGAGUCGGCACAAUCGCACCAAAACGGUUCAUUACGAAAUUGAAGAAGGAAAAUGGUGAGUAACAAAGUUACCCCGGAAACUAGUGAAAUUUCAAAUUUUGUAGAACUAUUUGACAAUUAUAUGCAACAAGAUGCUCACGAAUUUCUAAAUUAUUUGCUCAACACAAUUUCCGAAACUUUAAUCGAAGAAAAAAAUGCGGAAAAAGAUCGACAACAAAGACAUGGAACGAUUAAAAAAGGAAAUAUUACUGUAAAUUUGGCGCCAGCCACAGCGGGUCUUGAAAAGAAUUUGGAAACGGCGGCGGAAAAAGCGAGAAAUGAGACGACGUGGAUACAUGAAAUAUUUCAAGGAACAUUGACCAAUGAAACGAGAUGUUUGUGUUGUGAGACGGUAAGAUUUUGGAUUUUUGAAACAUGUGGGGCAGGUUUGGGACCUUUGAAAACCGCACAUCACAAUUUCGCAUCUCAAGAAGAUUUUUCCAAAUUAUUUCAUAAAUAUUAAAAAUGUUUGGAAAUCUUUGACUUUUCAUUGUUUACAAUUAAAAUUUCUUGAAAAAUAUGAAUUUUCAUGUAAAAAUUGUGAAAUUUGAUUUAGAAAAUCGUACUUAAAACUACAAAUUUUCCGAAAAAAAAACCGAUCCGCAAUUUUUUUGAAACUAGAAUUAUUUUGUGUUUUAGUUAUCCCAAAGUUUCAUUUCCAGGUCUCAAGCAAAGAUGAAGAUUUUCUCGAUUUAUCAGUAGACGUCGAACAAAACACAUCAAUAACCCAUUGUUUACGAGUAUUCAGUGAAACCGAAACAUUAUGCGGAGAUCAGAAAUAUUUCUGUGAAACAUGUUCUUCCAAACAAGAAGCACAAAAACGAAUGAGAAUCAAGAAACCUCCACAAUUAUUGGCUCUUCAUUUAAAACGUUUCAAAUAUGUUGAUUCGCUUAAUCGACACACCAAAUUGUCAUAUCGUGUUCUUUUUCCGCUUGAAUUACGGCUUUUUAAUGUGGUGAGUUUGAAUUUUCUGGGUUUGGAAUUUGAAAAAUUCUUUGAAAAAUAUUGUGGGCUAUUUUUUUAAACUCACAAUAAUUAUUUAUAGAGUCAAAUUUUUCAAUUUUAUGAUUCAAAAAUUGGGAACAAUUUAUGCGAAAAUUACAAACUUGGAAUACAAUUUUGUGAUAGUUUUUCUACCUAAAAAUUAUUUGUUGUAGAGCGACGAUGCAACUCACGGCGAUCGAUUAUACGAUUUGGUUGCAGCAGUUGUUCAUUGCGGUGCAACUCCAAAUCGAGGACAUUAUAUAACAUUAGUAAAAAGCAAUUCAUUCUGGCUAUUAUUCGAUGAUGAUAUUGUCGAAAAACUCGAAAUCUCAUCAAUGGAAGAAUUUUCUGGAAUGUCUUCCGAUUGUUCUGGAAAUGGUCUUCAAAUGCCAUCCAACAAUCAAUCACAACAGCAGAAAAACAGCGAAUCUGCUUAUAUUUUAUUCUAUCAGGCACGUGAUUAUGAUGCUUUACGACCAAAUCAUCACGCCACUCAUGCCUCUAUAUAA